AAGCACAGAAGGUUAUGCCUCAGUGGAGAUGCUGUGUCACAAUGAUUUAAAUACGGAUUUCUUGUUACACAACUACUUUUGUUUUUCCCCUUGCAGAUAUCCGUUGACAAAUUACACGUUUGGUACAAAGGAACCCCUGUAUGAGAAGGACAGCUCUGUUGCAGCUCGGUUUCAGCGCAUGAGGGAAGAAUUUGACAAGAUUGGCAUGAGGCGGACAGUGGAAGGUGUACUGAUUGUCCAUGAGCACAGGCUGCCCCAUGUGCUGUUACUGCAGCUGGGGACAACUUUUUUCAAGCUACCUGGCGGUGAACUCAAUCCAGGAGAAGAUGAGGUAGAAGGGCUCAAACGCUUAAUGACAGAGAUACUGGGUCGUCAGGAUGGUGUUCAGCAAGACUGGGUGAUUGAUGACUGCAUUGGUAACUGGUGGAGACCGAACUUCGAACCUCCACAGUAUCCCUAUAUCCCAGCUCAUAUUACAAAACCAAAAGAGCACAAAAAGCUUUUCUUGGUCCAGCUUCAAGAAAAGGCUCUGUUUGCAGUCCCCAAAAAUUACAAGCUGGUUGCUGCACCAUUGUUUGAGCUCUAUGACAAUGCACCAGGAUAUGGACCCAUUAUUUCCAGCCUUCCUCAACUUUUGAGCAGGUUCAACUUUAUUUACAACUGAGGUCCUGCAUACCUGAAGAGUCUGAGAGAAGAAGCCGUCUCUGUGAGCACAGCUUUAAAAAGUAGAGAAAAGAACACGUGUGACACUUUUUUUUUUUUUUUUUUUAAUUUUUUUUAUGUCAUGCUUUUCCUGAAGGCUACUAAACUUUCCACAGUAUGAAUAGAGAAGUGAUUC